AGGUUGUUUUUAAUUAUUGUAUUUGUGAGGUUGAUAUUAUUUUCACUUAACGGUUUAUAUUUGUGAGUUAUUAUGGAGAUAAUAUUAUUCACUGUAUUAUAUUUAUUAGUAAUAUAUAAUAGUAAUAUGCAUAAUUUACUAAUGUUGUUUAACUAUAUGGUUCUUAAUGUCUUAGCUAGGAUUAUGGUUUUGGUAGGAGUUUUAGUUGAGUGUCUUUUUAUGAGGAAUUUAUAUUCUUUUAGUGUGUUGUUGUCUAAUUACUCUUUUUAUCUUAUUCUAUUAGGAUUAUUUAUUAAAUUAAGGAUUUAUCCUUUUUAUUACCAAGUAUAUUAUUUGUUUCUUUCUUUGAAUCUCAUGCAAUGUAUGGUAAUUUUGUUUUUGCCUAAAUUAAUUCCUAUUAUUUUAUUGAUAGAGAUUAGGGUAUCCAAUUCGGUAAUUAGGGCUAUGGUUUUGUUGUCUGUAGUGAUAGUUUUAGUAAGCUCCUUUAACGGGGUUAUGUAUAAUGAUUUACGUUUGGUAGUAGCUUUUUCUAGUAUUUCUUAUUUGAGGUUUUAUUUACUUUUAAUACCAGGUAGGCCCAUUUUUUUUUUAUUAUAUUUUUUUUUUUAUUACUCAGUGAUAGUUCUGUUUAUAAGAAGUUUUGGAAAAAACCAAGAAGUUUACUUGAAUAAUUUAUUUGAGAUUCAAGCAAAUAGGUUACGAAAAGGUUUUUUUAUUCUAAUGAUUUUUGUUUUGUCGAGGAUACCCCCCUUCUUUAUAUUUAUGUGGAAGUUGAUAAUUCUCUAUGAAGUUUUGAAAAUAAACUUAUUUAUGGUCUUUGUGUUUUUAUUGUGUUAUUUAAGGAAUUUGAUUUUUUAUAUGCGGUUGCUUUUAUUAAUUUUAAGGGUAUCUUAUAAUUACAAUGGGCUGUCUAGUUUGGAUGCAUCCACUUCAAAUUCUUAUUUGGGUGGUAUCACUAGGGUGUUGAUGUUCUCUACCUCAGUCAUGUUUUUGAUAUUUUUGUAG